AUGCCAGAUCUCCGAACAUUGAGUAAAAAGGAGCAUCAGCUCCGGAAGUCGCUUGAAGGGAUUCAGCAGUUCGUCGCUAGUUAUCAAGCAAGCAGAGAUGCGCGACAGGUCUGUGUACGUCUGGAGGCAUUAGAGAGGGUAUAUGGCCAGUUCGUCGAUAUUCGUAUGGAGAUUGAGCUGCUUUUAGAAGACGCAGUUGAGAAGGGCAAUCCCCAAGAAGAAGAAGCGUUGACGGUAGCGAACGAUAAAGUGAGGCAGGAAUUCGAAGACAGCUUUUAUUCCCUAAAGGCAGACCUAGUGGCCUUCAAAACGGUGGGCUCCAAUGUAUCGGUGGGAUCUACAAGUCAGCAGCCGGCAUCCCAGUUUGCAAAAGUGAAACUCCCGGAGAUCAAGCUGCCAUCGUUUAGUGGGAAGAUUCACGACUGGGUGCCAUACCGUGACAGUUUCCGUAGCCUGAUCCACGAUAAUCCCCUCCUUUCGGAUGUCGAUCGGUUCACCUAUCUCCGGUCUUCUUUAGUUGGCGACGCUUUUCAGGAAGUGAGUUCCAUUGAAUUGUCUGCGGCCAAUUAUGAGGUAGCAUGGAAAUCGCUCGAGAGUCGCUACGAGAACAAGAAGCUGAUUGUCAAGGCGCAUCUCGAUGCGCUCUUCGCCGUGGAGAGUCUCAAGAAGGAAAGCCAUGGAGGACUCAACCAACUAAUAGGUGACUUCGAGAAGAACCUGCAGAUGCUUGAGAAGAUCGGAGAGAAGCCGUCGGAUUGGAGCACCAUUCUGGCUUACAUGGUGUGUACCAGAUUGGACUUGGCGACUUUACGGCAGUGGGAAACCCACCACAACAGCAAGGAAGUGGCGAAGUACAAAGACUUGAUGGACUUCCUGAAGAGCCACUGUUCCGUAUUGCAAUCUGUGGUGCCAGUCGAUACCGUCAGUUCCAACAAGCAACGGUCGUCACGUCCUGCAAUUUGCAAUACAAUGGUUAAAUCGACGGUGAAAUGCUGGUUUUGCAACGAACCGCGCCAUUCCGUGUUCCAGUGUGUCAGAUUCCAGCGUAUGAGUGUGUCGGACAGAAUUGAGGCUGCCAACAGAAACAAACUCUGUCGAAAUUGUUUAUAUCCGGGCCAUUUUGCCAGAACGUGCGAGAAGGGAACGUGUCGUCAGUGUCGUCAGAAGCAUCACACACUGCUGCACACUGAACAGUCUAGAUCCUCCGAUCCACCCACGCAGUCAAGACCUCCGACAGUCAACCAACAACACAGACAGCCACAACAGCGAUUCACACCACCGAACCAACAUACUCAGAUUGCCAACACUGCCAAUACACAAGACUCACACACAGCCAGCCACAGAACACGCCACCACAAGCCAAACACAUGUAGCCCUCCCAUAACACCGACACAAAACAUAGUUUUAUCCACCGCCUUGGUCAGCAUUAGAGACCGCUAUGGCAGAUCCGUGCUGGCACGAGCGCUGCUGGAUUCGUGUUCGCAGCACUGUCUAAUGACAUCAAGUUUCGCUAGCAAACUCAAGCUAGACGAAACGCCAGUCUAUUUGGCGAUUCAAGGCAUUGGAUCGACUCAAAUUGCUUCCACCAGGCUGGUUACCGCCGUAGUUAGUCCAAGAUCGGUAAAUAUUUCAUCGUUUGCCGAAGAAAUGCAGUUCCAUGUGCUGCCGAAGCUCACCGUGUCACUGCCUACGGCAAGCUUCUCUGUUACAACGUGGAAUCUCCCAGAUUCGGCGCUUCUUGCGGAUCCCAGGUUCUUCGAGACAGGACCGAUCGAUCUUAUAAUCGGAGCUGAAUAUUACAUGGAACUGCUGAAGGAGGAAAGACGGAAAGCUACGGAUGAUAGUCCGACGGUGCAAGACACCGUAUUUGGAUGGAUUAUUUCCGGUCGUGUUCCUGAAGUUCCUGUUAGUGCAUCGUACUCGGUAGUUCACGUGUGUUCAACGGCGGAGAUACAAGAACAGCUUUCAAGGUUCUGGGAAGUGGAAACUUGCGAGUCGUUUUCGAUGCGUCAUGCCCGACAUCCAGCGGAAUUUCUCUGA